GAUAUGGGCUGAAGCAUGCAUGCAGGUUUUCGUAUCCAUCGGGCCUGGGUUUGGCGCGAUGAUCACGUUCGCAAGCUACAACAAGUUUAGUAACAACUGUAUGAGGGAUGCGAUUUUAGUUUGUUUAAUGGACCUAUUAACUGGAUUUACUGGAGGUUUUGUGAUUUUCUCGGUGCUUGGACACGUUUCACACGAGACUGGGAUUGACAUUAAAAACUUUAAUCAGUCAGGGUAUGGUCUGGGUUUCAUCGCGUAUCCAGAGGCAGCCAACUAUUUGCCUCCACCUCAGCUGUGGUGUGCGUUAUUUUUCUUUAUGUCUAUAUUCCUUGGAAUUGAUUCUCAGUUUCCGAACUAUGAGAUUGUGGUUACAGCGUUUCGGGAUGAGUUCCCUAAACGUUUGAAAGGGAAGACAACUCUGCUAACAUUGAUUGUUAUUGUACUUGCGUUCCUGCUCGCCAUUCCACAAGUCACACAGGGAGGAUUUUACCUACUUACGCUGGUUGACUGGUAUGCCGCCACAUUUUCGGUGACAAUUUUUGCCCUGAUUGAGUUACUGGUGAUGACGUAUGUUUAUGGCGAGUAUAUAUUUUACUUCUUGCAUACGAUUGUUUUUGGAGCGACAACAUAG